CGAUCAUCGUCGUCGUUCACGCGCUUACGCGUUUUGGUCGAAUUUUCGCGUGUUUUACUUCAUUCAUGCAUUUUUUUUUUCGUGUGUACGAUUUCGACUUUCUUCAGGAUGCAAAUAUUUUUUCUUGUCUUGCGUGAACAUUCCUCUUCGUCAUCAUCGCCUUUGAUUGCAAUAUUCUAAUCAACAGCUGGCGCUGUUCGACUACAGAGUUCUGCGUUCACGCUUUGUUGCUACGUUGCAAAAUCCUGAUGAUCUGAUCAGUGCUCCCUUCAACAAGGCAUUGAGAUGACAAAUGCUUCGCCUUCUAGUGACUGGUGCGAAGUGGUAGUGGUUAUCUGUUUGUUAGCAUAGCAUGUCGCUGCCUAUGCGCUAAAGUAAGCUCCGAGCGAUUGGAAGGAGUGCUGAUUUUCAGAAAAGCUUCAUCAACGUCGUCAACCCAUACGGUAAACGUCAAUUAGCCAUCAGGAAAGGAAGACAUAAAGCAGAAUCCUCCACCACCGAAAUAGAGGCACACCAAGAGUGUGGUGCUGUGGCAGUGGAAAUUUUGCAAACAAAAAGCGAAAACAAAACAGUGAGUUGUUGGGUAAACAAGUUUUUAGUGGAUUCACGCCUAAAGUCAUUAGCGAUUUGUUUCGAUACAGCCGCGUUCUUUCGUUUCGCGAUUCGCGCACGACUACAUCUACGGGAAGUGUUUAAAGUGAAAUGUUGUAUUUUUUUUCGGUGAAUCAAAGGGGGAUAUACGAAGCGAAGUUAUAAUCGCCGAGUAGAAGCCAAAAUAAAACGGUGAACCGGCAGCGAAACCAAGUGAAAGAAGGAAACAGCCGUUUGUGUAAAUCCCAUUACCCUUUCGCCUUCCCUUGCUGUUGGACGAAUAUUACGAAAGCUGAACAGUGAAGAUAUGAUGCAGUUUGUUGUUACUGAUAAAUUUGUACCACCCGCAUAUAUGUGACCAGUGGGACGAAUACCAAACCAGUCGGUUUAGCAGCGUGUGUUGGUGAGAUUGUUAACUGGCUUAUGAGUACUGCUCUACCCUGGACGAUUAUUGGCAGCGCGCGGAGUGUUGUAGACGAGUGUUGAUAUAGACGUGCUGCAUCGCUCAAUCGCUCAUGUGGUGCAUGGUGCUGCAAUCGUUACCGCACGAGGUCAACUGGUAAAUGCACCGCCGUCCUGCCCUCGAUUGUUGCUGAUUAAACACAUGUUGUCGCCGAUCAAAGACAUGUUCAAGUGUGUUCAAUGGUUGUAAGAAGCGUAAAAACAAAGCAACGUCCAGUGAUUCUUUAUUCCCGACUUGCCGCAGUUCUUUGCUGUUCAAUGUGCCGAACGCCAAUAUCUGCACCUGGAAGACGAACAGAAACCUCAGGGAAUGGCAGCCUACAUCUGGUGUGUCGCGUUUUGUUUACCAGCUGAUCGGAAUUCAUUCGAUACAAUCUACGGAGGUCGGGCGAUCAACGAUCCCGAGUAGUGGGGAACGCGUCGCCGUGCCUUGAGCAGAAACCAAUUGUGAUAUUCGAAAACAGUAGAAAACAAAGUACAAAUUAAUUAACCUUAAUUAAUCUCGGCUUCCGAGCGUGCUAUCUCAUCGUUUGUGCAAUUGACCAACUCUUGUUAGACACGCUAAAAAUAUACAUUAAUUAAAUGGAAACUGCAAACCAACUGGUUAUAUUGGAAGAGCAAAAGCAGUUGCAACGUGUGAAACAUAAGGACGAAGGCAAAAAGAAGUUCAAGAAAAAAGUAGACUUCAUCGACGACGAGGUCAAGGACGAAAUGGCAGAUGAGUCACCGAUAAAUGUUCCGGUUAGUCCGAUGACGGAUGAUGACUUUGAACAUAUCUUUGAGAAAUCAAUGCAGGACUUGGAAACCAUCAAGUCUGAUUCGGAUAGUGAUUUCGGUGAUGAUCAUGGUCUCCCAGUGAAGAAACCUCCCCACUCGGGUAAGGGACAGCGAAAGAAGAAUAUUGCCUCAUCUAGUGAUAGUAGUGUUAGCGAUGUCGAAGAAGAUGUGUAUACGUGGAUGGAAGCUUGUCAAAAAUCCCCCCUGAGCCCAAGACGGGUAGAAUUUCCCCCCUUAGUGACAGUUCAUCCUUCGGUGCUCCCAUUCGCCGUGAGGCGUCGGUUGUCCGAAUGUGUCGAAGAAGAUGAAGAAGAAGACAAACACCAUGCUGCCAAACAUAAUACAGAUAUCACAAGUGUUGGUGCUACCAAGAAUAUUCCAUCUCCGACUAAUGGAAAAUCUCCUACGAUAACAGAGGAACCCACAGCUGUUCGUAAAUCUCGUUUCAUGGUAACCAAAGCAAGUGAACUUCCUCAGCUUCGACCGGAGUCAAUCAAUCUGCGACCGAUGACGGCUGCACAAAACUCUCAAACCAUUCAUUUCCCCUGCAGCCAGUUCAGUCCGGAUCGCACAUCGCUGAGAAGCAUUUUCUCCCCAGAAUCAUCGCCCUUCCCCAACCCUCAUCUGGAUAAACGGUUUUUCGACACAUCUCUGGUCGAGAUACGUCCAAUUACAGACAGUAUUACCUCCAGCACUGGGAUCGGUGCUUCGCCGGAGGACAGCACCAGCAGCAGCGCCAGCUCAACCAGCAAAAAUCCGAUGCCAUUUGAGCUGGACGAGGUGUGGGUCAAACGUGCCGACACUGAUCCGUCAUCACCAAAGAAGCCAUUAGCUGGGGGCGCGUCACCGACGGUAUCGUCCUCCAAAUCCGCAACAUUGCCGGCGGGAGCAUUUUUGUCACCAUCGACGUCCGGCAAAUCAAAGACGAUGAAAGCCACUACAAGCGAUUCCGCCGAUGGAGGCAGUCAGUUCCAGCGGCCUUCGACGGCCCCUUCCGGGACGGAUUCAGCUCGUUCCUCCAAACGGAUGAAGAAAAGCGAACGGGAAGCCAAGAAGCAGGAAAAAGAGCAGAAGAAAAUUGAGAGGGAGACGGCCCGACGUCUGGAACGGGAAGCGGCCAAGCUGGAGAAACUUAACCGGAAGCAUGAGAACAUUUCCCGUAGUUCAGAGCGCGUCGGUGGUCGAUCCGGUUCGCUGGAAAGGCGGCGCAGUGGUGAUGAGGGACCGGUCCUAAAUCAGUCCACAGUUCACGGUAUUGCUAGUCCUAAUCGUCGUCCGACAAUCUUCGACGUAUUCCGCCCACGCAAAGGAUCCGACUCGAAGAAGAAAAAGGAUGACUCGAGCAAAUCAGGAUCCGACAAGGAAAGUACCAGCGGCAGUGGGACUAUUACCGGUUCCGGGGGCAUCAUGAACAGCAUGAAGGCGGUACUGCAUGUGGGGGGCCGCCACAGUCAUCACACCGGAGCUGGACAUCCGGCUAGUACCGGUACGACGAAAGUGCGUGACGGGUCCGCUCAUCCCCAUGCAGGCAGUGACGCACAGUACUACCACACGGUGACGGCUGUGCGGCGAGCCGACGCCGGCAAGUCUCCUAUGACCAAAGUGAUGGAUUUGUUCAGGCAUCGUUCCAAUUCAGCAGUAUCCGAGGCCGACAAGCGCAAAGCGCGCGCGGCCCAACAACACCAACAACAGCUGGCGGCCCAAACGGCUCAUAUGCGACGAGCCUCGGCGGAGCUAGCGGAAAGACGACGAGCAUCAUUCGGUGCCAGCCGGGGUUUGCGACCAGACGGUACCCUAGAUCCGUAUCACGCGGCCAUCCUGUUCCGGGACUCUCGAGGGCUCCCAGUGGCAGAUCCCUUCCUGGAAAAAGUUAGCUUAUCAGAUUUAGAAGAAGACGAGUCGCAGAUCUUUGUCAAGUUCUUCCGAUUCCACAAGUGCUACGAUUUGGUGCCGACAUCGGCCAAGUUGGUUGUGUUCGAUACUCAGCUACUCGUUAAAAAGGCAUUUUACGCGCUCGUCUACAACGGGGUCCGGGCGGCGCCGCUCUGGGACUCGAAGCGGCAGGAGUUUGUCGGCAUGCUGACUAUCACCGACUUCAUCAAGAUCCUGAAGAUGUACUACAAAUCGCCCAACUCGUCCAUGGACGAGCUGGAAGAGCACAAGCUCGAGACGUGGCGAAGUAUGGCAUCAAGUGUCCUGCAAGAGGAGGUUAAGAAGCUGGUUAGUAUUGGACCGGACGCAUCGCUGUACGAUGCCAUCAAAACGCUUAUUCACAAUCGCAUCCAUCGGUUACCGGUGAUUGACCCUCAGACCGGAAAUGUUUUGUACAUAUUAACACACAAAAGAAUACUUAGGUUUUUGUUUUUAUAUAUUAAUGAACUACCAAAACCGUCGUACAUGCAAAAGACGCUACGUGAAAUUCGAAUCGGCAGCUACGAUAACAUUGAAAUCGCCACCGAAGACACCAGCAUCAUUACGGCACUUCACAAGUUCGUGGACCGACGGGUGUCGGCGUUGCCAAUCGUGGACAGCGAACGUCGCCUAAAAGACAUCUACGCCAAAUUUGAUGUUAUUAAUUUGGCAGCCGAAAAGACCUACAACGAUCUGGAUGUUUCGCUGCAUACAGCUAACGAACACCGGAAUGCUUGGUUCGAGGGUGUACAGCGUUGCAAACUGGACGAAACUCUUUACACGGUGAUGGAACGGAUCGUGCGGGCCGAAGUGCACAGGUUAGUCGUGGUCGAUGAAGAGGAAAAAGUAAUCGGCAUCAUCUCGCUGUCGGACAUCCUUCUGUACCUCGUGCUGAGACCAACCGGGGACGGAAUUGGUAAUUCAGAAUCAUUGAGGGCAACGGAUCCCAGACUCCGUAAAUCACCCAACAAGCUCAGUCAGACUCAACGGGACAGUAACGAAAGCAUUGAAGAGGAAAAGGAAACCACACCGGAAGAAGCGGUCGAAACAGAGGAAGAGUCUAACGGUGGUGAAAAAGAAACCGCAGCUAACAAGACUGAAGUAGCAGAGGAUGAACAGGAGAAUGGUGAGCAGGGCCACGCAGAGGACGAUGAUCCUCCUCACACGGAGUCACCCGCCGACCACAGUUCCAAUGGUUCUCCCGUCCAAGAGAUACUAAACGAAGAGCGCAAGGCCAUACGUGAUACACUAGCUUCAAAUGUCCAAAGAGAAGUCGGUUUGGUUAGUGAAUAAUUUUCCAAAUAUAGGCACCGUUUGAAAUGAUGUCGUUUCUAUUAGGAUUUUUUACAGUAAUUUCUGUGCAAAAUUUCAUCUUCAAAGUCAAACUCAGUAAGGAUAAAGCAGCACGAUUUUAAGCAUUGAUUAUUUUUGUACAUAAUAUGUUAAUAAAAAAGCGAUAAUAAUUAAUGUGUACAAAAGUUGUUGACACAGAAACAAAUAGAAGGCCUUAUCAAUAUACACACUUGAAACAAACAAUUCUAAUAUUUUUGCGCAAAGCCAACACAAUAAACGAAAGAGGUGAAAUUUGUGAUCAAAGUGCUGCUACACUUCCUGGUUCUGAUUGAGGAGCACUCCAACUGUUUCUAACUGCGCUUAGAUGUUCUUUUCGAAAAAUAAAACCGGGAUCCUGUAAUAAAAAUGUCUGAUCCGAGGGUUACAAGUACAAACGAUUAAUGGGAGUAAACGGGAUACGAUGAAACCUAAAAUUAAAUCCUUUUAGCUACUAGUAGCAUGCAGACACAGUCAGUAGCCAAAUUAUAGAUCGAUUGAAAACAUACCAAACACGCUGUAAUCCAUACAUGGUUAGAUAUGUAGUAGCUUUAUCCAUUUUACAAUAGACAAAAAAAAACCUUAGAUAUCAACCCGAAUAAGAGGAAACCAUUUAAAUUUUUGAUUGAUUUCAAUUGAAUUGCGACUUUUCUUCACUGGGGAAAAAUAAACCAAACCAAGUAAUUUCAUUAAAACUAUUUAAAAAUGCGAACCUAAGAUCCAGCUAGCAAUAAGUAAUUCAUCUGAAGCUCUAAAGUAAUUAAAUAAAUAAAACGAGCGCAAUUGUGGUGAACAUUAAACACAUGUAAAAAGUAGAGUUAAACUUGUAAAGUGUAGCAAUCGCUUAACGCAUCCUGUAGUUCUUCGAACCUCUUCGCUCGGAUAACAUUGCAAAUGAAUUUCAUAUCGAUAAAUUAUUAUUUAAAACAAUAUUGCAAGAGCGGGUGUCUGUAAGCUGCGAAUGGAUCGUUCGCGCUUUGAAUGGUUUAAUGUGUAUGCGAAUUGUGGAUGCGAAUGGUUUCCGUGUCAGCGAGACACUAAUCGGAGGUCUACUUGAGCGAGCGGAGAUGGACUUGGAAUGUACAUUAAAAUGUUGAUAAUACGUUUAAGGACAGUAGUAAAUAGGAAGAUUUGAUUACUAUUUGAAUAUUGCUACUGAAAAUUAACAAAUUAAAGAAAAAAAAAGUUCAAUGGAAAAAUAAAUAAACAAAAUGACUAAACA